AUGUGGAGGCUUAGGAUCGGAGCAGCGGCUAGAGAUGAGCCUCACUUGUUCAGCACCAAUGACAACGUGGGGAGACAGAUUUGGGAGUUUGAGACAGAAGCAGGCUCUCCCGAGGAACUCGCUGAGGUCGAUCAGGCUCGCAAUAACUUCUCCCUCAACCGGUCACGUUAUAAAACCAGUGCCGAUCUCCUUUGGCGCAUGCAGUUUCUGAGGGAGAAGAAGUUUGAGCAGAAGAUCCCACGAGUGAGAAUAGACGAUGCAGAUAAAAUAACCUAUGAAGACGCCAAGGCGGCGACGAGAAGAGGAAUAUUAUAUCUUGCGGCGUUGCAGGCUAAUGAUGGACACUGGCCGGCUGAGAACUCUGGCACCAUGUUCUUGAACGGUCCCUUUUUCAUAUGCUUAUACAUAACUGGACACCUGGAGAAAAUGUUCUCCGUGGAGCAUCGCAAAGAGUUCAUGCGUUACAUGUACAACCAUCAGAACGAAGAUGGUGGGUGGGGAAUACACAUAGAAAGCCACAGUUGUAUGCUUAGCACGGUCAUCAACUACAUCUGCCUACGGAUACUAGGAGUGGAACCAUAUCAAGGGAGUGCUUGUGCAAGAGCUCUUAAAUGGAUCAUUGACCAUGGUGGUGCUACCUAUACUCCCUUGUUCGGAAAAGCUUGGCUUUCGGUUCUUGGAGUGUAUGAUUGGUCUGGCUGCAAAUCUAUUCCACCCGAGUUCUGGAUGCUCCCUUCUUUUUCUCCUAUUAAUGGAGGUACCGUGUGGAUUUAUUUCCGGGAGAGUUUCAUGGCAUUGUCAUACUUGUAUGGUAAAAAAUUUGUAGCUGUCCCUACACCUCUUAUUCUACAGCUACGCAAAGAGCUUUAUCGUCAGCCUUAUUCCCAAAUCGUUUGGAGCCAAGCCCAAAAUCUAUGCGCAAAGGUGUUUUGUAUGCUUGCAUGUUGGGUAGAGGAUCCAGAGGGUGAACAUUUUAAGAAACAUCUUGCUCGAGUCCAAGAUUUUGUAUGGAUUGGUGAUGAUGGUCUGAAGUUCCAGGUUUGUGGUAGUCAAACAUGGGACACAGCCUUCUCACUCCAAGUCCUUUUAGCUGAUGUUGAUGUUAACGUUGAUGAUGAGAUUAGAUCAACGCUGACAAAAGGAUUCGACUUUCUGAAGAAAUCUCAGGUAACAGAAAACCCACCUGGUGAGCAUCUCAAAAUGUUUAGAGACAUUACAAAAGGUGGAUGGAAUUUUUCUGAAAAAGAUCAAGGAUUGCCAGAUUCAGAUUGUAUAGCUGAGAGUUUAGAGUGCUGCUUAAUGUUUGAAACCAUGCCUUCAGAGUUCAUUGGUGAGAAAAUGGAUGUAAAGAGACUCUAUGAUGCUGUCAAUUUGAUGCUCCAUUAUCAGAGCAAGAAUGGAGGUUUAACAGCGUGGGAGCCAGCUCCUGGGAAAACUUGGCUAGAGUGGUUUAGUCCGGUGGAAUUUAUGGAAGAUGCAGUCGUGGAGCAUGAGUCUGUGGAAUGCACCGGGUCGGGGAUAGCAGCGAUAGCUCGGUUCAUGAGACAGUUUCCGGAGCACAGGAGAGAAGAGAUGGAAGAGUUUAUAAAGAAUGGAGUUAACUACUUGGAGGAUAAUCAAAUGCCGGAUGGUUCGUGGUAUGGAAGCUGGGGAGUGUGCUUCAUUUACGGAACCUUCUUUGCGGUAAGAGGUCUAGUGGCUGCAGGCAAGACUUACAACGAUAGUGAAGCUAUCCGUGGAGCUGUUAGGUUCCUUCUCGAGACGCAAAACGAGGAAGGAGGUUGGGGGGAGAGUUAUAACUCUUGUUUUGUAAGGAAAUAUAUCCCACUUGGUGGAAACAACAAUACAAAUGUCGUGAAUACAGGCCAAGCGCUUAUGAGUCUGAUGUUGAGUGGUCAAAUGGAGAGAGAUUCGCGACCGGUUCAUCGUGCUGCCAAAAUCUUGAUCAAUCUACAGUUAGAUGAUGGAGAUUUCCCACAAGAGGAAAUGAGUGGCGUGUUUAAUGUGAAUUUGAAGCUCAACUAUCCUACUUAUAGGAACAUCUUCACUCUUUGGGCACUCACAUAUUACACUCGGGCUCUACGUCUUCUCCGCUGA